CACACAUAUCACAUAAAUUGAAAAAUUCUAAUUACAUCUACCUUACAGACAAGUCAAAAUGUCUUUUACCCCGCUCCGCCCCGGAGUCUACGCUCCAACCAUGACCUUCUUCGACCCCUCAACCGAAGACCUCGACGUCCCUACCAUCCGCAAGCAUGCCGUUCGCCUCGCCAAAGCCGGUCUCGUUGGUCUCGUCUGCAUGGGCUCCAACGGCGAAGCCGUACACCUCACCCGGGCCGAGCGCAAGACCGUGAUCAGCGAGACCCGGUCCGCACUCGUCGAAGCCGGCUUCUCCAACGUCCCCGUCAUCGCAGGUGCCAGCGAACAAUCCAUCCGCGGUACCAUCGAUCUCUGCAAGGAAUCCUACGAGGCCGGAGCUGAAUACGCCCUGAUCGUUCCCCCCAGCUACUACCGCUACGCCACCGGCAACGAUCAAACCCUCUACGAAUUCUUCACUAGCGUCGCCGACGGCUCCCCCAUCCCUCUCAUCCUCUACAACUACCCCGGUGCCGUGGCAGGAAUCGACAUGGACUCCGACCUCAUCAUCCGCAUCUCUCAGCACCCCAACAUUGUAGGCACAAAGUUCACCUGCGCCAACACGGGCAAGUUGACCCGUGUUGCUUCCGCUCUGCACGCUAUUACUCCCUCUUCGCCUUUGGCUCCGGCUCAGCGCAAGUUCCCCAGCACCAAGACUGAGGCGGUCCACCCGUACGUUGCAUUCGGAGGCAUUGCGGAUUUCUCCCUGCAGACGCUGGCGUCUGGAGGUUCCGCUAUCCUGGCGGGUGGCGCGAACGUCAUCCCCAAGCUGUGUGUGCAGAUCUUCAACCUCUGGAGCGCGGGUCGCUUCACGGAAGCUAUGGAGGCCCAGGAGCUGUUGAGUAAGGCCGACUGGGUUCUCACUAAGGCGGCUAUCCCCGGUACGAAGAGUGCCAUUCAGAGCUACUAUGGAUAUGGUGGAUUCCCGCGUCGGCCGUUGGCUCGCUUGAGUGCCGAGCAGGCGGAGGCAGUGGCAGAGAAGAUCAAGGAUGCCAUGGAGGUUGAGAAGUCGUUGCCGGAUAUUGCUUAGUCCAUUGUAUCAUAUAGAUUAACUAUGACUUGUGAAUAGAAGGAUUUCA